CAAAAUUUUUAGUGGCACCAUGGUUAGUUCUAUUUACCGGUCGGUGAAGCGUCAUCCCCGCAUCUGGUUAUUCGCUACGAUGCAGAUUGCAUUGAUGAUGUCGAUGAUCCGAAUUGUCUUCAAAAUUGAGCUACCUGCGGCCCUCAUGAGCACCCUGGCCCGGACCCAUAUUGAUUACAAGCUGAGUGAUCUGAUUUAUAGUCCCUUAUUAUCGGGAUGUGCGAUGAGCGCCCUGUUCCAUGGAUACGGAUUGGUCUACUUUCAAGUUGAUGGUUGCCUUGACGAGUUCCUGUGCAAAAUCCGAAAUGCCAGCCUGACCGUGUGGGAUUGUAGUGCUUCCUUGAUGUUCCUGCCCUGGCUGAUACGGGUGGGCGAUGGUCUGAUCCGCUUCCCGUUUUACAAGGUGGAGAGUGGCUACGGAGUUGGAGGUGUCAACUUCAGGAUGUUAACCAUGCUGGCCGUUUGCUUCUGGUGCUGUCUGCUCUUCCUAACCGUGGCCAGCUUAUUAUUGGCCGUAAAUAUCAAUCGUCAGCUGAAACGUUAUCGCCGUGUCCGAGCCGUGGACCCGGAGCUAAUCGAUUACGCCCAGAGGAUCAAUGCACUGAACGGGUUUGAGCUUAUACGAAUAGUUACCUAAGCAAAUGAAGAGCAAAUUACCAAUUUUUUUAAUAUCAAAUGUAACUAAAAUAAGGCUUAAUAUUACUAUUUUAAGCUUUCAAUAGCCGGAUUUCGUAUAUAAAUAGACAUCAAGCAAUC